AUGAGAACAUCACUCGUUAUUAUUUCAUUGUUGGGAUUGUUGGCUAUUAUUGCCAACGUCUCUGAAUCAAAGGUUGUUUCAGGAAGUUUCUCUUCCUCUUCUUCAUGGGCUUUUGUUAACAAGUUUUGUUAUGGUUCAAGAGGUCAAGGAUCAUGGACAUUUACAACCACAACCAAUAAUCCAAACCUUACAUUUUAUCUCUACGAUGAUGCUGAAUCGUCAUGGGGAAGUGUUUACAAAUCAUCAAAGAGUUGCGAGGAAAAGAUCAAUGCAACUCAAUUCCACGAAACAAUUGGUAAUGGAACAACAACCAUUCCAUUUGCCGACACUCAACGUCCACACUUUUGGUAUUUUGUCGCUGCCGAUUGCAAUGGUGGAUCACUCGAUUUCACCUAUGACAUGGAAUGGCUCAACUAUGGUGGCACUUGGUAUCAACAAUUCUCAUGGGAAGAGUAUGGUCUCGAAGGUUUAUACUUGGUCUAUUUCUUCUUUUUCGUUGCUCUCACUGCUUACAGUUUAUAUUCUGCUUGGAAUCUUCAUAAAACUAAAUCUUUCCAUCCAAUUGUUAAAUUGUUAACCAUUUCAAUUCUUUUACAAUUCUUGUCAGUAUUUAUUUUAUUGAUUCAUUAUGGUGCCUAUUCACACAAUGGUAUUGGUGGAAAGGGUUUACAAGGUUUUGGUGAAUUGAUUGAUUUUGCAUCACAACUUACAUUUAUCUUACUUUUAAUUUUACUUGCCAAGGGAUGGGCAAUUUCACGUGUAACCAUUGACGAGAAGAAGAUUAUUCUUGGUGUUAUGGGUUGUUUGACCGUUCUCUAUUUGAUCAUGUUUAUCUGGUACAAGGUUGGAAAGGAUCCAGCUUCAUCGGUCUACAUGUACGAUACCGUACCAGGUAUUCUUUUGUUGAUUGCUCGUUCCAUCGCUAUGAUUUGGUUCAUGUGGUGUGCCUACAACACCUACAUGGAAGAGACUCAUCCAGCCAAACGUCAAUUCUACGUCUACUUUGGUAUCACCUUUUUCAUUUGGUUCCUUGCUCUCCCAUUCAUUUGCAUCAUCGCCGCUUCCAUCGACCCAUGGGAACGUUUCAAGACUGUCAUGGGUUUCUAUGUCACCUUUAACUUUUUGGCUCUCGCUGUUCUCUCUAUCCUCCUUUCUCCAAACCGUGCUGCCGAUUACUUUACAAUCUCUGAAGGUUAUUCAAGUUCUCCAUAUGAAUCAAUUUAA